ACAAAAUUCUGCUUCCGACUACUGCUACGGAAUAUCAGUGUGCGAACAACAGUGCGUCCUCGACAAUAGAACGUAAUAUAACAAAGUCGGGGAGAAAUACUGAUCGAGAUCUCGGCCAAAAGUGAAAUGUUUCUGCCACUUCACAGUGUUCCCGACGACUUGACGAUUUUAGUUGUAUUUCGUUAGUGCUCGUCGAUCGAUCAGUGGCUCGAUGCUCCUCUCGACAAUUCGAGCUCCAACUUUUCGUCCUCACUUUCACGACGUCUUUUAUUCCACGGAUUUUGUUAUGUAAUAUUCACGACAAUUGCAGAGGGGACAAAGAGACUCGACAGCCAGUGAAAUAAAAGUAUUAAUCCGAUUUGAAGUCUCAUCUUCAAACUUAUUUGCCCGUGCGUUGUUAGCGGCUUUUACAAGCCACAAUCGCCGAAGACUAAAGGAGAUUUGUUUUCGUGAGGAGUUUAAACUCGGCUUUACGCCUGAUAACCGAAGGAGGAGACGCGGAUUAAAACGGAGAGUUCGAAUAUCUCGGUAAAUCGGUUGACGAUCUAAGCGACGAGAUGUCGGCGCUCAGCCCUGAGCUAACAGUGAGACGACCGGUGUAUCAACAGGACGAGCUUAAUCAUCUGUGCAAAUACGCAAAGCCGAACGAAGCGCUUUUGAAGAGCAUCGCGACAAAAUGCAGGCGAAUCAGACCGAUGAUGGUUUUGAAGAACACUAUACCCCUUAUUGGAUGGUUGUCAACGUACAAUUGGAAGAGAGAUAUACUGGGUGAUAUCAUUGCUGGGAUCACUGUGGCGGUGAUGCAUAUUCCCCAAGGAAUGGCUUACGCAAUAUUGGGCAACGUGCCACCUAUAGUCGGUAUCUACAUGGCAUUUUUCCCUGUUCUCGUUUAUCUAUUCCUUGGCACUUCAAGGCAUAAUUCGAUGGGUACAUUCGCGCUGAUUUGCAUGAUGACCGGGAAAGUGGUCGCGACUUACAGCACUCAAGGACAAUUGGCCAACAACGCCACAACGGAAAACGAGCUAUUAUCCUCGAUGAGCAAUCGAUAUUCACCCGUGGAAGUGGCCACCGCGGUCACUUUCACCGUGGCCGUGAUUCAGCUGGCAAUGUAUUUAUUACAAUUGGGGGUGAUCGCGUCGCUCCUUGCAGACAGUCUCGUAAGUGGAUUCACCACUUCCGCGGCGGUUCACGUGUUCACGUCGCAACUGGAGGAUUUAUUGGGACUGAGGAAUUUACCCGGACGCAAUGGACCAUUCAAAUUGAUCUUCAGUUAUGUGGAUAUCGUUAACAGUCUUCAUGCCGUCAAUACGAUCGCCCUCCUGACAUCGUGCGCCACCAUUUUACUUCUUAUCAUUAACAACGCGUUGAAGCCGAAACUCGCGAAAGUAAUUCCCUUCCCAAUUCCUAUAGAAAUGCUAGUGGUCGUGAUUGGAACUCUCCUCUCAGUGUAUCUGAAUCUUGCGGAAGUUUAUGGGAUUGUGAUAGUCGGUGACAUACCAGUCGGUUUGCCGCCUCCGACAUUGCCGCCAUUAUCCUUGAUACCGAACAUUUUAUUGGACAGCCUCGUCAUCACUAUGGUGUCCUAUACCAUUUCCAUGUCGAUGGCGCUAAUCUUCGCGCAGAAAUUGAGCUACGAGGUGGACUCGAACCAGGAACUAAUGGCACAGGGUGUUGGAAAUCUAGUUGGAUCCUUCUUCUCUUGCAUGCCAUUCGCAGCUUCGAUGUCCAGAUCCCUGAUCCAGCAGACUACCGGUGGACGAACUCAAUUAGCUAGCCUGACAUCGUGUGUAGUUUUAAUUAGCGUUCUACUGUGGAUCGGUCCGUUCUUCGAGCCUCUGCCGCGGUGUAUCCUAGCCAGUAUCAUCGUGGUAGCUCUAAAGGGGAUGCUAAUGAAAGUGACCGAGUUCAAGAGGUUCUGGAAAUUCGACAAAAUAGACGGGAUUAUCUGGGCGGUGACAUUCACGUCAGUGAUCCUGUUGGACGUCGACUACGGCCUCCUGAUUGGAAUUGUGUUCUGCGUCGGGAAAUUGAUCUACUUUUCUGUCCGCCCUUACACCUGUUCACUCGCUCUAGUACCCGGUACCGAGCUUUAUCUGGAUACCAAGAGAUAUAAAGGAACAAUAGAGCUGGCGGGUAUAAGAAUAUUUCAUUACUCGGGUAGCUUGAACUUCGCCUGUCGGCAACACUUCCGCGACGAAGUGUAUAAAAUUGCUGGUCAGGCGCCGAGGAAGGAACCGAAUGAGGACUUCGAACAUGGCGAGUUGAAGGAAGUUAGAAAGCUGAGGAUCCUGAUACUAGAUCUGAGCUCGAUGAGUCACGUGGAUCUGGCGGGCGCAACGACCCUAGGAAACCUGAUCAACGACUAUUCUGAAAUCGAUAUACCGGUAUACAUUGCUGGGUGUUCCGGACCUGUAUACGAGAUGAUGAGAAAGUGCAACCUGUUGGAAUACAAAGGUAGCCUGUUUGCCGCCUUCCCCACCGUGGCAGAUGCCGUGCAUUUUGCAAAAUGCAACACCGAGCUAACAUGGAGUUCGCCGACGUACGAAGACACAAUUAUCGCCAGGCUCUGAUUGGGAAUACUAAUCGCGACAGAAUGUGGCGAGGUUCAUUCAUGCUUCCCAGGGAAGAACUUUUCAAUUGACGCGCUCGAUUGAGAGUUUCCACUGCCAUGUUAUUUUUAGAGAAAUGUAUCGCACUCGUUUGACGAGGAGAUGUGUGGAUAUUUAGAAAUUGUAGAUGUGAACUUGGAAAACAGACGACCAUGAUUGUAAAUUUGUCAAUGACGAGUACAUCGAAGUGUCGAAGUUGAAGUGUUAUAAAUUCAUCUUGCUUGAUUUGUGAAGAAUUUCAGCUUCACUAUGUUUUUAAAAGUUAUUUAAAAAAAAAAAAAAUGCUAGUUCUAGCAAAUAAAACUUAGAAUUGGACGUGAGAACCGAAUGAUAUUUUCAAGUACAGUAUUCUUGUUUUAUUGUAACAAGUGAUAUUUUGUGUAUUAUAAAAUGUUGAAAUGAAUAGUAUUGUGUAUUGUAAAUGUUGAAAUAAAUAAUAUUUAUAAACACA